GCGGCCGGGCCGAGCGAGGGGCUGAGGGCAGCGGCUCGGCCCCCCGGGAACGAUGUUCUCCCGGAAGAAGCGGGAGCUGAUUAAAACCCCCUCCAUCUCCAAGAAGAGCCGGGCGGGAAGCCCCGUCCCACCGACCCUACCGGACCUCUCCCGCAAGGAUUGCCUGGAGGCUCCGGGCUCCAGCGUGGGGGAGCUGCCCCCAGGCAGUGCCAAGCUCAGCAGCAGCCCCAGCGCCGUGGGCACCCUGAAGCGCCCCACCAGCCUGAGCCGUCAUGCCAGCGCCGCCAGCUUCUCCCUGCCCGCGGCCCCCCGUGCCAUGCCCAAGGGCCACAAGACCCCCACAUCCUACAGCCCCAUGGAGGGCGGGGAUGGUCCCUUCAUCGACCCCGAGGACAUCUCCCAGCUGCUGGCGGAUGUCGCCCGCUUUGCUGAUGCCCUGGAGAAGCUGCGGGAUAUGGUGCUGCGCGAUGAUCCCAAGGAGCCCCAGCGGCCGCUGGCCCACGAGUGCCUGGGUGAAACCCUGCGCAUCCUGCGCCAGGUCAUCAGCAAGUACCCCCUGCUCAACACCCUGGAGACCCUGACGGCUGCUGGGACCCUGAUCUCCAAAGUCAAGGGUUUCCACUACGAAUCCAACAAUGAGGCAGACAAGCGGGAGUUCGAGAAGGCCGUGGAGACCAUCGCCGUGUCCUUCAGCAGCACGGUGUCUGAGUUCCUCAUGGGGGAGGUGGACAGCAGCACCCUCCUCUCCAUCCCACCCAGCGACCAGAACCAGACCAUGGAGAGCCUCUAUGGGGGGAUUCCUGGGCCUGGAGGAGAUGGAGUGCCCUCAGGCAUGGACAGCUAUGACACAGCCCGUCCCCCGGCCGAGGAAGUGGACGUGAUGCUGCAGCGCUGUGAGGGGGGCGUGGACGCUGCCCUCCAGUACGCCAAAACCAUCUCCAAGUACAUGAAGGACCUGAUUGGGUACCUGGAGAAAAGAACCACACUGGAGAUGGAUUUUGCCAAAGGGCUCCAGAAGAUGGCAAACAGCUGUAAGCAAACCAUCAGUCAAGAGACCAACAUGCCUUUCCUGUCCAUCUAUCUGCUGGCCCUGGAGCAGGACAUGGAGCACGGGACCUCAGUUCUGCAGGCAGCCAACACCCUGCAGCAACAAACCUUCCUCCAGCCACUCACGGUGAGACGCCUGGAGCAUGAGAAACGCAGGAAGGAGAUCAAGGAGCAGUGGCACCGGGCACAGAGGAAACUGCAAGAGGCAGAGGUGAACCUGCGCAAGGCCAAGCAGACGUACAUGCAGCGCAGCGAGGAGCACGACAAGGCCAAGUACAUGGCAGUGAAAGCUGAGGAGGAGCAGCAGAACACGACCAGCAGCAUCACCACCAAAACCCUGGACAAGAAGAGGCGACUGGAAGAGGAAGCCAAGAACAAGGCAGAAGAGGCCAUGGCCACGUAUCGCACCUGUGUGGCCGAUGCAAACACGCAGAAGCAGGAGCUGGAGGACACCAAGGUGAACGCCCUGAGGCAGAUCCAUGAAGUGAUCAAACAGACUGACCAGGUCAUCAAGUCGGCCACCAUCUCCUUCUACCAGACCAUGCACAUGCAGACAGCGCCGCUGCCCGUGAAUUUCCAGACUCUGUGUGAGAGCAGCAAGCUGUACGACCCGGGCCAGCAGUACGCGUCCCACGUCCGGCAGCUGCAGCGCGGCGACGAGCCCGACGUCCAGUACGACUUCGAGCCCUACGUGUCCCACAACGCCUGGUCUCCCUUUACUCGGCCACGGAAGGGCAGCUUCAACGCCAGCGAGUUCUCCACGAGUGCAGAGGGGGCUGGGACUGGCUCAGAGGGAGCAGCAGGACCCAAGGAGUCACCAAGUGGGGCUGGAGCAGCUGAGAGAAGAGGUGGGAGGGGACACCAGGUCCAUAAAUCCUGGCCAACCUCUGUUGCUGAUGCUGACAGCAGCCUGGAUUCCAGUGCAGGUGAAUUCAGCCACAAGCUCCAGCGGCUGUCAUCCAACGGCACCGCGUCCUCCAGUGAGGAGCUGGAGGAGAAGGACGGCACCACCACUCCCUUUGAGCAGAGCAUCAAUGGGAUCACCCCAGAGCUGGCAGCUCCCACAGGGCCCUUCAGGAAUGUUGGCUUGUCCAAAGCUGCCCAGACCCAUCGGCUGAGGAAGCUCCGUGCCCCUUCCAAAUGUCGGGAGUGCAACAGCUACGUCUACUUCCAGGGAGCUGAGUGUGAGGAGUGCUACCUGGCCUGCCACAAGAAGUGCCUGGAGACCUUGGCCAUCCAGUGUGGGCACAAGAAGCUCCAAGGGAAGCUGCAGCUCUUUGGGCAAGACUUUACGAAGGCGUCUGAGGGCAGCCCAGAUGGGAUCCCCUUCAUCGUCAAGAAAUGCAUUUCAGAGAUCGAGAAGCGGGCCCUGAAAACAAAGGGCAUCUACCGAGUUAACGGUGUCAAGACCCGAGUGGAGAAGCUUUGCCAAGCCUUUGAGAAUGGGAAGGAGCUGGUGGAGCUGUCCCAGGCCUCCCCCCAUGACAUCAGCAACGUCCUGAAGCUCUACCUGAGACAGCUGCCGGAGCCCCUGAUGCCGUUCCGGCUGUACAACGAGCUGAUGGGGCUGGCCAAGGAGAGCCUGCAGGGCGGAGAGGCCAAGGGCCGCAGCGGGAAGGGCGGCCCCGAGCUGGUGGACAGAGGAGCUGACACCGACCAGGUGGUGCUGAGCCUGGUGCUGAAGCUGAGGGAGCUGCUCAAGGAGCUCCCCAGUGAGAACAUGGCCACGCUGCAGUACCUCCUGCAGCACCUGAGGAGGAUCAUGGAAGUGGAACAGGACAACAAGAUGACCUCAGGCAACCUGGGCAUCGUCUUUGGGCCAACACUGAUGCGCCCCAGGCCUACGGAUGCCACAAUUUCCUUGUCCUCUCUGGUGGAUUAUCCCCACCAAGCUCGGAUCAUUGAGGCACUCAUCAUCUUCUACCCCACCAUCUUUGAGCACAAGGACUUGGCGUCGGCCAGCAGACGUGGCUCAGGCACAGAGGAGGUGGCCAGUGGUGCUGAGCAGGCCCAUGCAGGCUCCCAGCCUGUGGCUCCUCUGGGCACCAGCCCCUACCUGGAGCUGCCUUCGGAGAAGGGAAAUUUGGCUUUCAGCGCUGACUCACUCGCAGAGUCCGGCGACCGCUCUGUGGACUCUGACUCGGAGCUGGAGGACGGCGGGGAGCCACGGACACACCUGACCAAGCAGGGGAGCGAGACCAGCACGGAGGAAGUUCAUUUCUAUGACGAGGGCAGCGAGGGGCCGCGGAGCCGGAGCUGCAGCGUGGGCCAGUCCGAUGCAGAGGGCUCAGCUCCCCGCUGCUGCAGCCCUGGGGACGAGCAAAGCGAUGUGGAGGAACACCCUGAGAGCCGCAGCCCUGCCAGCCCCAGGGAUGCCACAAACCAGCCCGGCACCCCUCGGGGCCAUGGCAGCCACGAGCUGCAGCCCCGGCUCACCUAAGCCGCUGGGAUGGACAAAGGGGCAAAUCCCAGAGGCUGCCCAGACAAUGGAAACUGGAAUGUGGAGGGUGGGAGGGACAUGCGGCAGCCCGGCGGGGUUUGGUGUGUCAGCUGCAGGAGAGUCCUGGCUGAUUCCUGCCUGGAGCUGUCACACAAAACCCCUGAGCCCCUUGGUGCCCUGCUGGGGAGCAGAGUAACAGCGUGCUGGGAUCCCCGGCUCAGCCAGGGCCAUGAAGGACUUUGCCUGGGAGGGAGCUGAGUCUGGGCAGAGCCUGCACUUGUUGGGGAUUGGGAAGGAACCCAGGGCUGUGCCUGUGCCAGGUGUUUUAUUUUUGCUGUGCUCCUGAAUCCCUGAAUCCCACACCUGUGCUGGGAGAUGGAGGUUGGGUGAGCUUGAUCAUCCCCGAUGUCUGAGACUGGAAGGGAGCCAAGGCUGCCAGGAGUGACAUGGGGACAACAAUCACUGAAGAUGGGCAGGAGAAUGGCACCACAGGGAUGGAUGGAACUGGGAGCAGCUCAGAGGAUUUCCUGCCCCAAAAACCUCAGCACUGAGUGGUCCUGGCCCAGCUGCUGGCAUCUGCAUUGGUGCUUGGAUUGACAGGCAUUUGGACUGGUGGGCAUUUCCCUCCUUAGAGGAGCCAUGUGGGCAGCCUCAGGGCAGAGUGACCUGGCUGCAGGGUCCUGAGCCCUGCUGAGCUCUCAGGGUUUGUACAGGCAUUGUACAGUCAUUUCACCUCCACAAAGCUGCGCUACAAGUCCAGGAGUAACUCCCUCUGCUCUUGGAUUUGGGCAGGGGGCAGGUCCCCCUGGGGAGGUGCCUCUUCCUCCUCCUCAGGGCCACCACAGCCCCAGCUCCAGCCAGUAUUAUCUUGAGCUUCCUUUUUUGUAAAGACAUCAAUUAGCCCUUCAACGUGACGCCACUACCUCUGCUGGCAAAGAGACUAAAGCCAAAGUGGUUUUGGGUUUUUUUUGUUUUUUUUUUUUUUUAAGCUAUGAGACUUUCCUGCACUGAGGCACAGAGAAACAAGUAGAGUUUUAGCUUGGAGUGAGCUGAGAGCCUUUUCCUCCAUUCUCCUGCUUGUGGGAGACAGACCAGGUGGUGUUGAGGGGUCUCAGACACCUUGGUACUGCAGAACCAGGCAAGGAACGGGAGGUUUGAGCUCUCUGAAAUCGAUGGAGAACCCAUCUCAGCAAAGGUACAUAAACCCAGGUUAACUCACAGGUUUGGAACUGAGCCAGGGAAGAGCUGGAGACCCCCCAGGAUCAGUUGUGCUCUCCAGCUCUUCCACAGGAUAGUUGGAUUUUUCCAGGGCAGCAGGAGGAUGUGGGAAUGCUGCUCCCACGGCGGUACCGUGUGUGUGAGAGGGUGGGUGAGGAUGAUGAGGGUGAGUGAGUGAGAGAAGGGGCUAAAGCUGCACUUGAGCUUCCCACAGCAGCAGCUCCCUCCUGGUUGUGUCAAUUCUGUGUUUGUCCUGACAGGCCUGUGCUGCUGCACGAUGCUGCCUUGCUGUCUUUUCAUUGACAAGCUUCCCAAAAAAACAAUAAAACCAGUGUGUUCUGA